UUUUUGGUUUAUGUUUUUAACUUUUGCUCUUCGUUUUUAUUCAUUGAUUUUUUAAAUCUUUGUUUUCCCCAUGCGAGAGUGGCUUCCUUGUUGUCCCCAGUCCCCACCCGAGAGAAAGAGGGGAGAGACGAUAAAAGAGGAGAGUCCAGCGCUCGCUUAAAAAACGUUGAAACUUGAAAGGCGCGCUAGCUUGCGCCCUAAGGAAGCCGCCUUUGACCCGUCCACCACCACCACAGCCACCAUCUAAAUUCUAUUUCUGUAGCCACACACAAGCAGAGCACUGCUCCUCUCCCUCUACUAUGCUAUAUAUAAGAUUAACUAACUCUCCGGAGUUUCAGAAAGGAGAACGAGCGAAGAGAAGCCCAUCUCAUUAAAUCCACCCUAGAAGAGAAAGAAAAAGAGAGAGAGUCGAAAGGGAAAAAGCAUGGCUUCUCUUCCUCCCGGCGGGGCCCCUGCGAAUGGUCUGUCGGCCCCUCUGCCUCACCUCUUCUUUCGGUUUCGGUUUCGGUUUCGGUUUCAAAUGCGCGGGGAAUUGUUUUCGGAAGCCGAGAUUUUACAUGGCUUCUCUGUUCUGUGUCACGUGGGGCUGUUGCUCGCCCUCUCCUCUGUCUGGCUCUUUCGGAGGAGCAGGGCGGGCAAGUCGUCCAAGGAGCGAGCGGAGAACAACACCAAGAAGAGCUUCCUGCACUACAAGCUCGCUCUCUUCUCCUCCCUGGCCCUGGCUCUCCUCUAUCUCAUCCUCUCUGUUUAUAACUUCCUCCUCCUCUUGUAUGGCGGCGGGCGGCGGCGGCGGCGGUCUGAUGAUGAGCAGAUCAUCGCCGCCCAACUCGACUUCGGCAUUAGGGUAGUUUCCUGGUCUGCCGCCUCCGCUUAUCUGCUGUUCGAAUUCGGCUGGUGCGGCGAGAAGAGGUUCCCGCCAUUUCUCAGGAUCUGGUGGGGUCUCUUCUUCCUCCUCUCCUGUUCUUCCCUUGCUCUCUCCUUCUUCUACUCGAGGGACCCUGGAGCUGUUAUUCCCACCCAUUUGUGGGUUCUCCAUUCCGUGUCGAUCCUUUCGAGUUUGAUCCUCAACUUUGCCGGAUUCUUUGGCAAGAUGAGCCCGGGCGGAGGUGCUCCUCUUCAGGAGCCUCUCUUGAACGGGAACGAGAAUAAUGCUGCUGAGUCACGCUACGCAAGUGCCCCGCAAAGCGCCUCCUCCCUUUUCACAAAUGCCGGUUUUUUAAGCGUCCUCACUUUCUCUUGGAUGGGCCCUCUGCUCUCCGUCGGCCACAAAAAGACACUAGAACUGAAGGAUGUCCCACCGUUAGAUAGUAGGGACAGCGUUAAUAGUGUCUUCCCAACUUUUAAGGCCAAGCUCGACUCACUCACUGGCGGUGGUGGGGGUGCGACUGCUCCUAACAUCAGCAGCACCAGCAGCAGAAGUGCAGCUUCUGGUGGCAGCAGUGGCGGCGGCGGCGGUAGGAUCACGACAUUUAAGCUGGCCAAAGCAUUGGUGCUGUCCUCGUGGGACCAAGUCCUAUUGACCGCAGUUUAUGCGCUCGUCAACAACCUAGCUUCCUACGUCGGUCCUUACCUCAUCAGUUACUUUGUUGAGUAUCUCAAUGGAAACAACAAGUUUGCGAACAAAGGACACCUAUUGGUCGUUGCCUUCGUCGUUUCGAAGCUUCUUGAGGGCCUGUCGCAGAGGCACUGGUUCUUCAGAUUGCAGCAGGCAGGGAUCAGAGUUAGAGCUUUCCUUGUCUCCAUCAUAUACCAGAAGGGCCUCACUUUGUCUAGCCAAUCGAGGCAGAGUCGUACAAGCGGGGAAAUCGUAAAUCUAAUGAGCGUCGAUGCUGACAGGAUCGGGCUUUUCAGCUGGUACAUGCAUGACCUAUGGUUGGUCCCGGUGCAAGUGACUCUCGCCUUGUUGAUCUUGUAUUCGACAUUAGGCCUUGCUUCGCUUGCAGCACUUGGGGCCACCAUUGUCAUUAUGAUCGCCAAUAUUCCCCUAGGGAAGAUGGAAGAGAGGUUUCAGGAGAAGAUGAUGGAGUCUAAAGAUGUUAGGAUGAAAGCCAUGUCCGAGAUUUUAAGGAACAUGAGGAUUCUCAAGCUCCAAGGAUGGGAGAUGAAGUUCUUAUCCAGGAUAAUUGAAUUAAGGAAAGCGGAGACGAAUUGGCUAAGGAAGUACGUAUAUACGUCUGCGAUGGUGACAUUUGUCUUCUGGGGGGCACCUACUUUUGUUGCGGUAGUCACUUUUGGAGCUUGCAUGAUGCUGGGGAUUCCGUUAGAAUCAGGAAAAGUUCUAUCAUCGUUAGCGACAUUUAGGGUCUUGCAAGAGCCAAUUUACACUCUCCCUGACGUAAUUUCCAUGAUAAUCCAAACCAAAGUCUCUCUUGAUAGGAUAUCAUCAUUUCUAUGCCUUGGGGACUUGCCGACUGAUGCAGUAGAAAAGCUUCCAAGUGAUAGUUCAGAUGUUGCAAUUGAGGUACGCAACGGAAGUUUCUCGUGGGAUCCCUCUUCUCAAGUCCCUACUUUGACAGACUUGAAUUUUCGAGUGCUGAAAGGGAUGAGGGUAGCCGUAUGUGGAACUGUUGGUUCUGGCAAAUCGAGCUUGCUUUCUUGCACAUUGGGUGAAGUUCCGAAACUGUGUGGAGAUGUUAAGAUGUGCGGAUCGACAGCUUAUGUCGCACAGUCACCUUGGAUACAAAGUGGUAAGAUUCAAGAGAAUAUAUUAUUUGGCAAGGAGAUGGAUGGCGAAAAGUAUGAGAAGGUUCUCGAAGCAUGCUCUCUGAAGAAAGACCUGGAGAUUUUGCCAUUCGGAGAUCAGACUGUUAUAGGCGAGAGAGGCAUCAACCUGAGUGGGGGACAGAAACAAAGGAUUCAGAUAGCCCGUGCUUUGUAUCAAGAUGCUGACGUUUAUCUCUUUGAUGAUCCAUUUAGUGCUGUCGAUGCUCAUACUGGAUCUCAUCUCUUUAAGGAAUGUUUGCUUGGGUUUUUAGCUUCGAAAACAGUUCUUUAUGUCACCCACCAGGUCGAAUUUUUACCUUCAGCUGACCUUAUUUUGGUUAUGAAAGAUGGGAAAAUAGCACAAGCAGGCAAGUAUGGUGAGAUACUUGAUUCAGGAACAGAGUUCAUGGAGCUUGUUGGUGCUCAUAAGGAUGCUUUGGCUGCCCUCGACUCGAUGCAGCUCACAACGGACUCUUCAAGCAGCAAAACAGAGAUAAUCUCAGGGGAGGUUCAGAAAAUAGAUAAGAAGGAUGUCCAAAAUGGCAAAGUCGAUGAAGGAGCCCAGCAGAAGGGGCAACUUGUUCAAGAAGAAGAGAGGGAGAAAGGGAAGGUUGGAUUUUGGGUUUACUGGAAAUAUAUGACAACAGCAUAUAGUGGAGCAUUUGUGCCCCUCAUAUUGUUGGCCCAAAUUCUUUUUCAAGCCCUUCAAAUCGGUAGUAAUUACUGGAUGGCUUGGGCAGCUCCCGUAUCGGAAGAUGUCGAACCUCCAGUUAGUGGAUCAGUGCUUAUCUAUGUCUAUGUCGCAUUGGCUCUUGGAAGCUCUUUGUGUAUCCUCGUAAGAGCUCUGCUUCUUGUCACAGCCGGAUAUAAGACUGCAACAAUACUGUUCAAUAAGAUGCAUACACGUAUUUUCCGUGCUUCAAUGUCAUUCUUUGAUUCCACUCCGAGCGGCCGUAUCCUUAGUAGAGCUUCAACUGAUCAAAAUGAAGUGGAUACAAAUAUUCCAAGUCGGGUUGGUGCCUUUGCCUUCUCAGUCAUACAACUUCUUGGUAUCAUUGCAGUGAUGUCACAGGUAGCGUGGCAGGUUUUUAUCAUCUUUAUUCCAGUGAUUGCUGCCUGCAUUUGGUAUCAGCAAUAUUAUUUAGAUACGGCACGCGAACUAGCAAGGCUUGUUGGAGUGUGCAAAGCUCCCAUUAUUCAGCAUUUUGCUGAAUCGAUGACUGGCUCAGCAACAAUUAGAAGUUUUGGCAAGGAAUCACAAUUCGUAGACAAUAAUUAUCAUCUGAAUGAUGAUUACUCUCGACCCAAGUUUUAUAAUGCUGCAGCAAGGGAGUGGCUCUGCUUUCGUUUGGAUAUGUUCUCAUCAUUCACUUUUGCCUUUUCUUUGAUAUUUUUGGUGUCUCUCCCAACCGGUGUCAUCGAUCCAGGGCUUGCCGGUCUUGCGGUGACGUACGGACUUAAUUUGAAUAUGAUCCAAGCGUGGGUUAUUUGGAAUCUUUGUGACCUAGAAAACAAAAUUAUAUCUGUAGAGAGAAUAUUUCAGUACACUAGCAUUCCUAGUGAGCCACCCCUUACCAUGGGAGAAGACAGAUUGAAUCAUCACUGGCCUUCCAAGGGAGAAGUAGAGCUUCGCGACAUCCAGGUACGAUACGCUCCACACUUGCCUUUUGUGCUAAGAGGCCUGACAUGCACUUUCCCUGGAGGUAUGAAAACUGGUAUUGUCGGAAGAACAGGUAGCGGCAAGUCUACUUUAAUACAGGCGCUCUUCCGCAUCGUCGAUCCAACUGUUGGCCAGAUAAUUAUAGAUGGUAUUGAUAUCUGCACCAUUGGGCUUCAUGACCUGAGAUCCAGAUUGAGCAUUAUUCCGCAAGAUCCGACCAUGUUUGAGGGAACUGUGAGGACCAACCUUGACCCUCUUCAAGAAUACACUGAUGAACAAAUUUGGGAGGCCUUGGAUUCCUGUCAGCUGGGAGAAGAAGUUAGAAAGAAAGAAUUGAAGCUGGACUCUCCAGUGACUGAGAAUGGUGAAAAUUGGAGCGUGGGUCAACGUCAGCUUGUCUGUCUAGGAAGGGUAAUACUGAAGAAGAGUAAAGUAUUGGUUCUGGACGAAGCAACCGCUUCAGUUGACACAGCAACUGACAACCUAAUCCAGAAAACACUUAGGCAGCAGUUCUCUGAGUCAACAGUGAUUACGAUCGCACAUCGUAUAACAUCAGUCCUUGACAGCGAUAUGGUCUUGCUUCUUGAAAACGGUUUGAUUGUGGAACAUGACACACCAACAAGAUUGCUAGAGAACAAGUCAUCCUUGUUCUCGAAGCUCGUCUCCGAGUAUACUAUGAGGUCGACCUACAGUUAGGUAAAAAAUUGUUAUAAAAACUAGGGUUGGUUAAACCAAUUUCAUUGAGAUCAAAGUAACUUCGAUGAUGCCGAAAAAUGAACAGGUAAAUAGUUGUUCAGCGUAUCCAUAUCCUGAUCAUCAGUACUGAUCCGUAAGUAAAUCAGGGUUAGGCUAUUACUAAUCACAGGCCAAAAGUCAGGAGAAUUCAAAAUUGCAGUGUGCUUUGGAGCUGACCAAACUGUCACAUUUUGAUGUGAUCCUGCAGUAAAACUGUCAGAGAUAAGUUAAGGGCUGAAAUGGGGUUAUAAUAUCGGGCUUGUAAUGUUACUGUCGUUGAAUAUUAAAGAAGUUUUACAGCUUUA